CAGUGGCCAGGAAAGAGUGUGGCGCCCCAUGAUCAAGGGGGGGCGGGGCCAACAAAAGCUUUGUUGCUAAGGGCGAAGAGGAAACGGCCCUCCCUCCCUCCCUCCCUGUUACCAUGGUUACCUGGCAACUGCAGAUCCAGCAGGACGCACAGCAAGGACGCGGCCCACAGCAGCCGCCUCUCACAGCCACCAGGACCCAACCCGGGGUUGUCUCCAUCUCUGCCAAGGAGCCGCAGGCCGCGCCACACCGGCUGCUGCCUGGACUCCAUGUCCCAACGCCGGAACCAACUCAGUUCCGCAUCCGCUUCCUUGUCGUCGAAAACUAUUUCCUGCCGCUCUAGCUUGGUACUUGUCUUUCCUCGUCGUUAUUCUUGCUGGCGAGGAAACUGACCGCUCUGAGAUGUCCCGACUCGCCCGCUUAUGCCCUGCAAUCGCGUCAAGGGAAGAACGCGGCGGGGAAAGGGGGCGUGGCAGCUUCUGGCCAAUGAACUCCCACUUCCUGGAGGCUGUGGAACUUCGGUAGCCAAUCAGCGGUAGAUUAGGUCUCGGUGCCCAGGCCGCGGGGAUCCGCUUCGCCGUCAGGAAUUAUUGCAGAAUCAAGAACAGGCGUGACGUUCCGGAGCACGUGCGGUGGCGAUAGUAGGGGACACUUUUGCUAGAGAGUGUGAUGGGGAUGUAUCUAGCCUGAUGGAGCCAGGUUGCAAGCGCAGGAAGACAGGUGAGCCCAGUGAGGCCACCCCUUGGGAAGUGCUGCCGGUUCUUUCUGAGAGGGAAUCCCAGAGUGUCACGUUAAUGCCUGUGUAUGCUGCACCUGUCCUGGACAAGAAGGAGGCAUGCCGCCUGGUGAAGGAGGUUUCCGCUGCCUACCCGCUGGGUGACCACCCACACUUGAAGCGUGUCCGUGCCUCUGUGGACAGCUCCCACCCUCUCGAGAUGAUCCUCUGCCUGGCCAGCCCCAGACAAGAGCAGGACAGCUUGCCAUCCCUUGCUAAACUCUUUCCUGAAGGCCAAGUAGGCCUGUGUGGCUUGGGGGAACCUUUUUUGACCCAAGUACCGGCCUUUCCGCCCUUGACUCGUCCCCAGUAUGAGGAAGCUGCCUUGUGCUGGCCUGUCUCUUUCCAUGAGAAUAAACGCAUCACCCAGGCCAUGACAGGGUGCCUCUUCACUCCCUCGGAGAAGGCCGCCAUGCAAAGCUACAUGGAAAUGGCCAUCCAAGUAGCGCAACAGGGAGCGAUGCAGGGUAUGAAGCCAGUAGGUGCUGUGGUGGUUGACCCAGCCGCUGAGAGAGUUCUGGCAGUAGGGCAUGACUGCAGGGAUGGCUUCAACCCGUUACUCCAUGCCGCCAUGGUUUGCAUCGACCUGGUGGCCCACAGCCAAGGUGGUGGGGCAUGCAGCUAUAAAGAUUACCCUGCUUGCACCUUCCUUCCACUGGACAGUAGCUCGGGUUGUUCCUCUUUCAACAAUGGGCUCCCGUACAUCUGCACUGGCUACGAUAUGUACUUAACGCGGGAGCCAUGCGUUAUGUGUGCGAUGGCACUGGUGCACUCACGCAUCGAAAGGGUUUUCUAUGGCGUGCCAUCGGCUCAUGGAGCCCUGGGGACUAAGCACCACAUCCACAGCCGCAAAGACUUAAACCACCGCUAUGAAGCAUUCCGGGGCAUUCUAGAAGUCCAGUGCCGCAGCUUGACACAGGUUGUGGUUCUCAAGGAAUCUCUGACAGAGAGCGCUUGAGGGGGAGAUGUUUUUAUUGUUGUGCAUCCUUUGUACUUCAAAAUUAUAUAAUUUUAAGAACAGUCAUGUGUCUGUCAAAAUUGAGAAUGUGAUGGGGAGGUCUUUUGUUUUUACACAUCCUUUUUAUUGUUUUUUUAAAAAAUACAUUAUUUUAAGAACA